UCAUGUGGUUAUUCGAUUGGUUCCAAGACGUGUUAUCGUCGUUAGGUUUGUGGAACAAACACGCAAAGUUGCUCUUCUUGGGUUUGGACAACGCCGGAAAGACCACCCUUUUGCACAUGUUGAAGAACGACAGAUUGGCCACCUUACAGCCAACCUUGCACCCUACCUCUGAAGAGUUGGCUAUUGGCUCUGUACGUUUCACUACUUUCGAUUUGGGUGGACAUCAACAGGCUCGUCGUUUGUGGAAGGACUACUUCCCAGAAGUCAAUGGUAUUGUCUUCUUGGUUGAUGCUGCUGAUCCAGAAAGAUUCGCUGAGUCCAAGGCUGAAUUGGAGUCUUUGUUCAAGAUCGAAGAGUUGAGUCAUGUGCCAUUCUUGAUCUUGGGUAACAAGAUCGACGUUCCUACAGCCGUCGGAGAAAUGGAGUUGAAGUCCGCUUUGGGCUUGUACAAUACCACCGGUAAGGACACCGGCAAGUUACCAGAAGGCUCCAGACCCAUUGAAGUGUACAUGGUCUCCGUAGUGAUGAGAUCCGGCUAUGGAGAGGGUUUCAAGUGGUUGUCGCAAUACAUCUAGACUGUGCGCUGCCCUUAAUCGUGUGAGCUUUAGUAACAUUACCGUCGUAUCCGUCGCACCGUAGAUUACUACUUCAAUCUUAUUGUUAGUACAUAUUAUUGUUUAAUACUAUAUAUACAUCAUCUAGAUAG